UCCAAUCCCUAGCCUCCAAAAGUUGCAUUAGCUAUGCAUGCACAAGCACGCUAAAUAUGGCUCAUUUAGAUUUUAGACAGCAAAUAAGCAGUAAUUGAUAAAUCGAGGAAAAACAAAAAAUGGGGAAAGCGAUUCGAUUUUUCGAGCUCAACAACGGCGCCAAAAUCCCCUCCGUCGGGCUCGGCACGUGGAGGGCGGCUGACAACGUCGUCGGCGACGCCAUCACCGCCGCGAUUGAGGCUGGAUAUCGGCAUAUCGAUUGCGCCCAAAGAUAUGGCAAUGAGAAGGAGAUUGGUGUUGCCCUGAAGAAGUUGUUUGAUGAUGGGGUUGUGAAGCGUGAGGAUCUAUGGAUCACUUCUAAGCUCUGGAAUUCAGACCAUGCUCCGGAAGAUGUACCUCUGGCUUUAACCAGAACACUGAAUGACUUGCAGCUCGACUAUAUCGAUCUUUAUCUAAUGCACUGGCCGGUGAGCAUGAGAAAAGGUUCUGUCACGUUCGAACCACAAAAUCUGACUAAAGUGGAUGUGCCGAGCACGUGGAAAGCAAUGGAAGCACUUUGUGAUGCUGGAAAAGCUCGGACUAUAGGCGUGAGUAACUUCUCGUGCAAGAAAUUAGCCAGUUUAUUGGAUACGGCACGUAUACCUCCGGCCGUCAACCAAGUCGAGUGUCACCUUUCAUGGCAACAGCCGAAGCUGCAUGACUUCUGUAAAUCCAAAGGAAUCCAUCUCUCGGGAUAUUCACCACUGGGCUCCUCUGGAAAAAGUGGCCUAAAGCAUGAAGUGCUUAAAAACCCGACUGUGAAUACGGUUGCCGAUAAAUUGGGAAAAACCCCAGCACAAGUUGCUCUGCGAUGGGGACUGCAGUCGGGCCACAGUGUUCUCCCGAAGAGCACUAAUGAGAAGAGGAUUAAAGAGAAUCUUGAUGUGUUUGAUUGGUCCAUUCCCGAGGAUGUGUGUGCCCAUCUUUCUGAAAUCGAGCAGGUGAGGCUUAUAACAGGGUCUUCGUUUGUGCAUGAAACUUUUGGGUCCUACAAGACCAUAGAAGAGCUGUGGGAUGGAUGCACAUCACAAAUAGCCGGUUUAGAUGCGGGCCCGGAGCCCGCUAUUCCGCUAUUCGUACUCAACAUAACUGUCAUUUGGACUCCGAUAGGCGCGGGCUCGUUCUCCACGGUGUGGCAUGCGCGCCACCGCGUGAACGGCACCGAGGUCGCGAUCAAGGAGAUCGUCACCUCGCGGUUGAACCCCAAAUUGCAGGAAAGCCUCAAGUCGGAGAUUUUCAUCCUUAAGAGGAUCGAUCACCCAAAUAUUAUCCAAUUGCACGACAUGGUCGAAAAAGGGCUGUUCUUUUGUUCUGAAAUUUUCGGUUUUGGUUUCUCUUUCUGGUGCUUGUUGUUGGAGAUUGACGGUGGAGUUGAUGCUUCAGAAAUUUCUUACUUGACCGAGUAUGAUAGAAGUGAUGUGCUUAGAUUUCCACCAUGUUUAUCAGAAUCUGGAAAGAUAUACAUUAUAUUGGAGUAUUGCAAAGGGGGUGAACUUUCCAUUUAUAUUCAACGACACCAAGGGAAAAUCCUUGAGGAAUCUGCAAAACAUUUUAUGCAGCAAUUAGCGGAGGGUCUAAAAGUUCUUCGUGAAAACAAUCUUAUACAUCGGGAUUUAAAGCCUCAGAAUCUCCUCCUUGCCACAGACGAUCACAAUAGUGUCUUGAAGAUUGCCGAUUUCGGUUUUGCCAGAUCUUUACAACCGAGAGGCCUUGCAGAGACCUUAUGUGGGUCGCCUCUUUACAUGGCUCCAGAAAUAAUGCAGCUCCAAAAAUAUGAUGCUAAGGCAGAUCUCUGGAGUGUCGGGGCCAUUCUAUUCCAACUUGUGAUUGGAAAAACUCCAUUUACUGGAAAUAACCAAAUAGAGCUUCUCCAGAACAUUAUAAAAUCGACUGAAUUGCAAUUCCCACGAAAGGCAGUUGAUUUGAACCCUCUAUGCAAGGAUUUAUGUAGGAAAUUGUUGCGUCGUAAUCCAGUGGAGAGGUUGACAUUUGAAGAAUUUUUUAACCAUCCGUAUCUAUCACAAAAAAAACAGCCUGAUGAAUUCCUCAGAAAUAGCCGGCCACACAGAAUUUCAGAUGGAUUCUCUCGUUCAACGAAGAAAACUGAACAAAAUUCACAAGAAGAUUGCUUCCCAUUCAGUCUUGACGAUGAUUCAAGUGGCCCAGAUAGCAGUCCUUCUUACCAAAAGGGCCCCACCAUGAAAUCAUUCAAAGUUACGGACUCGCUAGAGUCAAUCGACCAAGAUUACGUAAUUGUGACCAGUCCAUCUAAAACUUGCAGCAAACCUCUCUGGAAUAAUGUGGGCCCCACAAGUGCUCCAGUGCCGAUUUCACAAAGGUCAAUAGAUGUAAUAACAGACGGUUUAGAUCAACCGUCUACCGAUCACAUGACACGGAUCGGUUCCUUACGGCAGUAUGCAGACAUUAUUACCGAACUAGUUAACGACAAGAUUGAAGGAAAGAAAGAGCUCGAAGCCUUUUCGAUUCAGCUUGUGAUUCUAGCUAUAUGGAAGCAAACUUUGCAUAUCUGUCAUACUCAUGCAACUUCAGCUGUGGAAAAAAAUAGUCCCAGCCGAGAGACUACCGAUAUUAUUCAAAAAAAGUCCUCCGAUUUGAGUAAAUCACAAGAGCCACUCAAUAUCUGUUCACAGAUAGAAGGCCGAUUUCUUCGUGAAGUCGAGCGUGCUGAGGAACUCGCAAAACUAGUGGAGCCUGGAAAUGCCGAGAUGCCAGAUGCAAUGGAAUUGUUAUAUCAGUCUGCCCUUGCAUUGGGCAGACAUGGAGCGGUGGAUGAAUUAAUGGAUGAUAUCGAGAGUGCGAUUGUCUUCUACUCGAAAGCAGCGCAUUUGUUUAUGUUUCUACUGAUCGAAGCACCUUGCCUCAUUUUCAAUCCUCCAUUUUCAUUGACCAAUUCGGACCGUGAUCGAAUAAAAAAUUACAUCCAUGUCCUCAACAACCGGCAAAGCUUUUCCCGGUCUCAGAGAAUGUCUGUUCUGAAUAUUGGGGAAUCCGAUGUAACAACACAUAAACCGGUUUGAAGCACGACUUUCAUUCUGUCAUUUUUUUUUUUAUUUUUAAAUUUCUAUAAUUUGUUCAUAGCUGCAUGUAUAUAGUUAGUUUGAACUGUUUGUUACUUUUAUUGGUGGUACAAUGCAAAUUAGUCAAACACAGGUCACCAAAAACUCUGCAGAUGCUCUUCUGCAGAUUUUUCCUUGGUUGUUCCAACUUCCAAC